CUGAGUCCAAGCGCAGUCUGCUGGAUACCAGAGUGGGAGAGAGAGAAGGAGAGAGAGAGAGGCGAGCCUUGAAAUCUCUGCGGUGCAGAGCUGGAAAAGCUGCUUCUCAGCGAAAAUCAGACGCCCUAUUUACUCCGCUUUAUUCGCUCCUGACAUUUUCCUGGAGAAAAAAGGGACUUACAAGUAAGAAGUUGCAACGAGGACUGGUGCCCGUCUCAGCGAACAAAUGUGGUAUCUCUUUUAUGAUUAUUUAUGUAGAUUUUUUGGUGUGAAUACACUUCUACUGAGUGGACUGAGGUUUUUACUUUUGCACUGAGACGCAUUGCUUUCUACCUCCUGCCUGGUCUCUGCCAGAUUAUCCCAGCACAAGUAGGCUAUAUGACGCAAACCGUUUGCAGAGCAUUAGUCUGAAAGUUUUCCUCCGCUACUUUUUUUUUUUUUUUCCUUUUCCUUUUUCCACCAAUCAAACGGUGUUUCAUGCUACAGCAAGUCAGUGCACAGCUGUGGAGGAGCCAAAAGAACUAUUGCAUGAAACAAGAAAGGAGAGAAGAGACACUGAUUAAGAAGUCAGUUUUUGCGACGCUCGCAAGUACCUUUGCAUAUCUGCAAAAGAGCCGCGACAACAACAUGAGUGCAGAGCUGAGCAUGGGCCCGGAGCUACCCAGCAGCCCUCUGGCUCUGGAAUAUGUCAACGAUUUUGACCUGAUGAAGUUUGACGUGAAGAAGGAAGGCCUGGCCGGGCUGGAGCGCAACGGUGUGCGCCAGUGUAACCGCCUGCAGCCCCAGGGCUCUGUGUCCUCCACCCCCAUCAGCACACCCUGCAGCUCGGUGCCCUCCUCACCCAGCUUCAGCCCCACAGAGCAGAAAAACCACCUAGAGGAGCUCUACUGGAUGCCGACGAACGGCGGGUACCACCAGCAGAUAGACCCGCAGACGCUAAGCCUGACCCCGGAGGACGCGGUGGAGGCCCUGAUUGGAGCCACGGCUCACGGCCACCCUCCGCCUCCGCACGUCCAACAACAGCUGCAGCAGCAAGGGGCUUUCGAGGGCUACAGGGGCCCGCACCACCACCACAGUCACCACGGCCACGGCCAGCAGCACCACCACCCAUAUGCGGGGGGCAUCCCGCACCACGCCGAGGAACUGUCCGGGCACCCGGGCGGACACAACCACCCACACAGCCAGCACCACCACCACCACAGCCAGGACCCCGACAGCCCGUCCCCGGUAUCCCCAGAGUCCCACCAGCCGCUCCAUCACCACCGCCACCAUCACCACCACCAUCCGCACGGACACCUGAACCAGUCCGGGCCGCACCACGGCUCCGGGGGCGGACUCAACGUGGAGGACCGCUUCUCCGACGACCAGCUGGUGUCCAUGUCGGUGAGGGAGCUCAACAGACACCUACGGGGCUUCACCAAGGACGAGGUCAUCCGCCUGAAGCAGAAGAGGAGGACCCUGAAGAACCGGGGCUACGCGCAGUCCUGCCGGUUCAAGCGCGUGCAGCAGAAGCACGUGCUGGAGAACGAGAAGACGCAGCUGAUGAACCAGGUGGAGCAGCUGAAGGCGGAGAUCAGCCGGCUGGCCAGGGAGAGGGACGCCUACAAACUCAAGUGUGAGAAACUGACGGGCUCAGGGGCCAAUAACGGGUUCCGUGAGGCUGGUUCCACCAGUGACAACCCUUCAUCUCCAGAGUUUUUCAUGUGAGUUGUCAUAGCCUUUUUGUUGUGAACCCCCUCACAACAAACUUCCCCCUCACCUUUCCUUUUCUCCACAAAAGACAGACUGGCUGAUGAACAAAUAAUAAUCCACACCUCCCAUACUCUUUAUGAUUAUACUAAUACGGUAACAAUUAUAUUCAUAUUAGAAGAAUAAUCCAUCAGAUAGUAUUCUCAUAUAUAAUCAUCUCUCCAUCCACGUGUCAACUGAGAUACAAAGAGCAAUGUAGAGUGUCUGACCAGUCGCAGCAUCUUUGUAGAUUAGUUGCUUGUAGUGAAGAGACUUUUUUUCUUCUUCAAAGAAGAGGACCGGCUGAUAUUUUUUUUUUCCUUUAAGGCUACAGCUUUUCAAUGAUCUGUAAGUAGUGUGGGAUGGCGUCGAGGCAGUUGUCUUGUACUUUUGUUUUCCAAAACGAUGACAUUAUGAAACAACAAGUAGGCCUGACUGCGCAGCCUGCGACACAAGAUUCACAUUCGACAAGUGGGCCCAUAAUCUGAGAAAAUCUCCAAAAUCAAGACUUCGUUUUAUGCAAAUUAAACUUCUGUCUACAAACCCGUCACGGGGGGGACAUUUUAUGCAACAUCUCAUUGAUUUAUUGCCUGCUUGGUUAUAUUCGAAUAUAUAUUGAAACAAAAAAUCUGCAUUAAAUAUUAAUCCUGCAUGCUGGACAUGUACGGUAAUAAUUUCUAUUUUGUACUUUCAUCUUCUCGUGUAUAUUAAGAGCAUGUUGUUGAUCUGCGCUUCUCCAUAGUUUGGGGGGUUAGAGAAAUGCAAAGGGGACAGAACAGCAGGACUGCCGGUGCAGUAUCAUAUGGUGUGGGUUUCUUUGGGCUUGUAAAUAUUAUGCAACCGCAAAACUGCACAACAAGAUUGAGGAGGCUGGUUUGAACUUCUUCUUCUUGAGUUGUGUUUUUAUUUCACUUAUUUUUUAUUGUUAUCAUUUGGGGUAUAGACUGAGAGAGGAGUGCAUUUUUUCAGUUGCAUUUAAAUACAACAAACUUUGUGUGUCAAGUGCACUUUUUGGAUAAUGAUUUCCAAGUUUUCAUUUUGAACUUUGUGCAAACCUCCCUCCAGGAAGACAUACUAUGAUUCCAUUCUGUAAUAUUAUGUUAAAGAAGCCUGAGUGCAGUGCAUUUUUUGGUAAUAUUUGGACACGUGUGUGAAGCUCAAUAGACACACAUGUGGCUACAAUAUUUUCGGAGCCUACAGAGUACACUGCACAGGCGAAGUUACAAGUUUUCUAGAACAUAUAACACACACACAUGCUUUCUGUUAUCUUAAUUAAAUGUGGCUGCAGUCCCACCAAUUCAGAACAGUCCUGUGUGUCGUUAUCUCAACUUUAAUAAACCACAUCAAACCCAGACCAAAUCUAAACCUCUCAUUCCGAUUGGCGGCCACCUGUAGCAUUAAAUCAUUUAUAUUUUUAACAAUUUAGAAAUGUGCAACAUGUCACUUGUCAGGGUUUUAUGCAGAUAUUUAGAUAACGCAAGCGUUUUAAUACAAAGUUCAACUAAUAAUGUUCUAUGUUUUCCUGAUUUUUUUCUGCCGGUCAGUAAAAAAGGGGAUUCAGGUUGUGCAAAUUCUCAAAAUGAAAACAAUUUGUAUGUUAUAUAAUACGUUUUUUGUCUGUUUUAUUAUUAUUUGAUGAUUCUGGUUCUGCUGGCCAGAUGCAUAGUUAAAGUUUUUAUUUUAAUGAUUUAAAUUAACAAACUGUCAGAUCAUAUCGAAUAAGCAUGGUGCUUGCAUUUGAAACUAUUGUUGAAAAGUCAUGCAUUUAACAAUCUUUCGUUUGUUACUGAUUCAACUGUGUUGAAAUCGAACUGAAACUGCAGCAGCGGGUUGUUGUUUUGUUUUCAUAAAUUCCAGUGUACUUGGCCGAUGAUGGGGAUCAAUUUUCAAUCCUGUUUAUAUAAAUAAUAGUUAAACACUAAUUUGAACUGUUUCCAUUCAGGCUGGUUUCUGUUUUGUCUUAUUUUUUGUUGUUUUUGGAAGAAAUUGUUUCCUAUUUUGCUUAUUAAAGUCAUUGAAAUGGCAA